CGAUCGAGAAGUGAUAAUAGUAGUAGCUGCAAUUUCUGCCAGUUUAGCAAAUGCUGUCCUUUAAAAUCAGGACGACGAGAUUCGUCAGUUCGUCCUUUUUCGUAUGCUGGUUCAUCGGCACUGUUGUUUGUCAGUUUGAACCCAAGAUUACUGAUAACGAUGGAAAACCACUGAUGUUCCCCAAUGAGCGGACCACUUUGAACGAUUGUCACCUUCGGUUUCAUCAGUUGCUUCCGAUAGCAGAAGUAAAGCCAGCGUUUGGGUUGCCGGUUCCGUUGAAAGAAUUUGCUCAUAUGGGAGCGAUCGGGUGGACCCAACGUAACGGAAAUAUCUUAUGGCAAUGCGGUGGAACUCUUAUCUGGGAUAACUUUGUGCUCACUGCGGCGCAUUGUGCAGUCGAUUCCAAUAAUCAAGCUCCUGAUGUAGUGCGGUUUGGUGACAUAGACCUGUUCAGCGCAGAUGAUGACCAGUACGCACAACAAUUGAAAAUUGCGGGUUUAAUUAGACAUCCUAUGCAUAAGUUCUCUGGGCAUUACCAUGAUAUUGCCUUGGUGAAGCUGGAGAAAAAUGUGAGAUUGCAUGACACAGUGGUUCCCGCUUGCUUAUGGUUGGAUGAAGAAAUUAGAUUUAGAAAUUUAGAAGCAACUGGCUGGGGUAAAACUGGAUUUGCACAGGAACAAACACCGGUUUUGUUGAAGGUAAUUUUGAAACCUAUCACGAAUGAGCAGUGUGGCCAAACUUACAACAAUGUGACUACGCGCAAGCUUCGAACUGGUCUGGAAGUGCAACACAUUUGUGCGGUUGACGAUAGAAUGGACACUUGCGAGGGUGACUCCGGUGGUCCUUUGCAGAUAAAAUUGAUGCACAAUUCUAAGGUGACCCCUUUCAUCGUUGGCAUUACCUCGUUCGGGACGGCCUGUGGAACAUCAACACCGGGAGUGUAUACCAGAGUAUCGGUCUACCACGAUUGGAUAGUGUCUACGAUGCGGAAGAACGGUGCCCUAGUGGAUGAGAACACCUACAACGCCACAUUUUGCGCUUUGCGUUAUGUUCAGUACCGGGAAUAUGAAGAUGCGGUGAUCACGGAAAAAACGGUUGAAUUUACUUCGUAUAAUUCCGAGACUGCACGAAUUAAACUUGGUAAAGAUCAAAAUCAGUUGGCGGAAAUCGGAUGGGACUCGGAAGCACCUGAAAAUUGUUUUGGGGUUAUAGUGGAUGAGGAUACAGUAUUGACCAUAGCUGAUUGUACUAAUUAUAAAGGAAAAGCUCCAACGUUCGUUGCGUAUUUGAAAGGAAAAACAACGAGUAUAUCCAAGAUUCAUGUUCCUUCGGGGUAUAUCGAAGGAAAGAGUUAUGAAAAUAUCGCAAUCUUAAAGAUGGCGGAGCACCUAGAUUUACCAAUCACGUUCACACCAUCCUGCAUUUGGCAUGAACGGGAACUUCCAUUUUCCAUUUUACAGGUUGUCGGUUAUGGCAGAGAAGAUAUAAACGAAUUUGCUUAUCUUGAUGAGAGCAUUGCGUUGAAUCCAAACGAAACGUUCUUGACCAUUCAGUCUAGAAUUUUCAACGAAAGUAGCUGUGUACUGCCAGAUUCAUAUUCACGAAGUCUUCCACGGGGAUUGGCUAAGGACCAUCUCUGUAUUGGGAACGACGUGUUUUUGGUACCUGAAUCAUGUCGACUUAUGAUAGGUGCUCCAGUUUCAGAGGAUGUGUAUAUUAAUGAUCGUAAAUAUCACACAACGUUUGCCCUUAGUCAACAGGGUAGGGAUUGUGCAUUCGGUGAGUAUAUGCUGGCUACUCUUUCUUCCGAACAUGUGGAUUGGAUGAAAUCGGUUCUGUUACCGAAUUACCAGGAUACGAGUAGUUCUUGGAAUUUUUUGGACUUGGAAAUACAAGAAGGUAGCAGUUGUAAAAUGCAUACGGGAGAGCAAGGCCGCUGUGUUAGUCUUGAACAAUGUUCCGUAGAGUGGUUCAAACUUAUAGCAGCUGGACAAGCAACAUUUUGUUCUAACACAAAGGUGGCAUGUUGUCCGGUAACUAAAAUCAGUACACGGAUGAACAGAAGAAUACUUCCCGAGAUUCUCGAAUGUCCAGAAGUGGUAAAGCAGCUUGCGGUACAAUCUGCUCCAGGUUCUAUGGUUGAUGUUGGUUGGGUAGAUGACGAUACUGUCGAGUUCCGAUGCAGCGGAGCAAUCAUUACCAAAUUGACAAUUGUUACAUCGGCCAGCUGUUUGGGUGACGAUUCCCCCAGCAUUGUGCGACUCAGGACUAACGUUACUCGAAAUUUCGGAAUUAAAGGAAUCUUAAAACAUCCCAACUAUAACUCUACCGAACACCUUAAUGAUAUAGCACUGAUUCGGCUCCGAAAGCCGCUCUCUUGGAAUGUCGAAGUAUUUCCAACGUGCCUCUGGACAAACACUACUCACACACCGCUAGUUAUGGGAUUGGUUUUUGAAGAUGAGGAAGAGCAACCAGCAUUCGAUUACGUAGCGCCAAUGUAUAAUAGCGACUGUCAGCGCACACACCCCCAGAAAAUUCAUGAUUCGCAGAUUUGUGCAAGAUCGUAUCUGCGUAGCUCGACGUGCAUCAGCGCAGCGGAUCAGCUGCGGAUGGAUGAUCCGACAACUAACGUAUCAUAUUUAAUUGGGCUCAUCGUAGACGCACCAGACUGCGUCGACUGGCGAUAUGCGGUCUUUACGAGAAUUUCUUCGUUCUUGGAUUGGAUCAGCGCGAAUGCAGUUUACUAUAAUUUUAACAAACAGAUGAUGAUGACUAAAUUCGUCAUUCCAUUCUUCCUUGCAUGUUACUUCAUUGGAAACGCUGUUUGCCAGUUUUGCCCUAAAACUAAAGAUGACCAUGGAAAUCUUCUGAUGUUUCCCAACGAACGGACUUCUUUGAACGAUUGUCAUCUUCGUUUUCACCAGUUGUUUAGAGGAGCCGAUGUAGCACCAGCGUUCGGAAUGCCCGUUCCGUUGAAGGAAUUUGCCCACAUCGGGGCAGUUGGGUGGACUCAACCUACCGGAGAUAUAUUGUGGCAGUGCGGUGGAACUCUUAUUUGGGAUAACUUCGUGCUUACUGCGGCGCAUUGUGCAGUUGAUGAAAGAAACCAGGCUCCAGAUGUAGUGAGGCUAGGAGAUAUAGAUCUAUAUAGUGCUCACGACGACCAGUACGCACAACAAUUGAAAGUUGUAGAUAUAAUUAGACAUCCGAUGCAUAAGUUCUCUAGCCAUUAUCACGAUAUUGCAUUGUUGAAACUGGAGAAAAAUGUGACUUUACAUGACACGGUAGCUCCCGCUUGCUUAUGGUUGGAUGAGGAACUGAGGUUUAGAAAGCUAGAGGCUGCUGGCUGGGGCAACACUGGAUUUGCGCAGGAGAAAACUCCAAUUUUGUUAAAGGUGGCUCUGAAACCAAUCUCGAAUGAACAGUGCAGCCAGUUUUACACCAAUGAGACAACGCGGAAGCUUCGAAAUGGUUUGCAAGAGCAGCAUCUGUGCGCGGUUGACGACAAAAUGGAUACUUGUGAGGGUGACUCGGGUGGUCCUUUGCAGAUAAAAUUGAUGCACAAUUCUAAGGUGACCCCUUUUAUCGUUGGCAUUACUUCGUUCGGGUCGGCUUGUGGAACAGCGGCUCCAGGAGUGUACACCAAAGUAUCGGUCUACCAUGAUUGGAUAGUGUCUACGAUGCGGAAGAAUGGUGCCCUAGUGGAUGAGAACACCUGCAAUGCUACAUUUUGCGCUUUGCGUUAUGUUCAGUACCGGGAAUAUGAAGAUGCAGUGAUCACGGAAAAAACGGUUGAAUUUACUUCGUAUAAUAGCGAGUUGGCACGAGUACAGGUAGAAACGGAUUCCCCGAAUCAGUUGGCGGAGAUCGGAUGGGGUUCGGAACGACCAGAGAAAUGUUUUGGAGUGAUAAUAGAUGAGAAUACUGUACUAACCAUUGCAGAUUGCAGUCGCUUCAAAGGUGAGGCGCCUAUCCAUAUUACGUACAUGAAUGGAAGAAAGGCGAAUAUCUCUGAAAUACAUGUUCCUACUGGUUAUGUCGAAGGAAACAGUUAUGAUAAUAUUGCUAUUUUGAAACUGGCCGAGCACCUAGAUUUACCGCGACUGUUUACACCGUCAUGUAUUUGGCACGGAAAGAAGUUUACACAAUCCAUUUUAAAUGUUCUUGGUUACGGUCGAGAAGAUAUAAAUACAUUUGCGAAUGACUAUGCGCCAAUUGCGUUGAACCCGAAUGAAACGUUGCUAAACAUUCAGUCUAGAAUCUACUCCCAAAGUAACUGUGUACUGCCCAAUUCAUAUUCACGAAGUAUUCCACGGGGAUUGGCUAAGGACCAUCUCUGUAUUGGGAACGACGUGUUUUUGGUACCUGAAUCAUGUCGGCUUAUGAUAGGUGCUCCAGUUUCAGAGGAUGUGUAUAUUAAUGAUCGUAAAUAUCACACAACGCUUGCCCUAAGCCAACAGGGUAGGGAUUGUGCAUUCGGUGAGUAUAUGCUAGCUACUCUUCCUUCCAUGCAUGUGGAAUGGAUGAAAUCGAUAUUAUUACCGAAUUACCAGGAUACGAGUGGUGUACUGAGUUUUACGGAUCCGGAUACACAUGAAGGUAGCAGAUGUGAAGAUUAUGCUGGAGUUGCGGGUCGUUGUGUUACCCUUAAUAAGUGUUCCGUCGAGUGGCCCGAGUUCUUAUCUGCUGGACAUGUGAAAUUUUGCUCUAGCAGCAAGUUGAUUUGUUGUCCUUUGAAUAAAAUCAGCGCACAGAUGUAUAAUGGAAUUCAUACCAAUAUUUUUGAAUGUCCAAAAUUUGUAAAACAGCUUGGGGUCAGCAAUUCUGUUGGUUCAAUGGUUGAUAUUGGAUGGAUUGCUGGAGGCGAAAUAGAGUUCCGAUGCGUCGGAGCAAUUAUCACAGAAUUAGUGAUUAUAACAUCGGCUAGCUGUUUGGAUGGUAGCUUCCCGCGCUUUGUGCGAUUGAUGGCAAACGUUAGAAGACGAAACUACGAAAUACAAGGAAUCUUGAAACAUCCGAACUAUGACUCCAUCGAAAACAUCAAUGAUAUAGCAUUGAUUCAGCUACGACAACCACUCUAUUUGAAUGCCUACGUAUUUCCAAUGUGCCUCUGGACAAAUACAACUCACACACCACUUGUUAUGAUGGUUUAUAAAGACGACGAGGACGGAACAACAAUGGAUUACGUAGCGCCAAUGUACAAUAGCGAUUGUCAGCGCAAACAUCCUCGCACAAUACACCGUUCGCAAAUCUGCGGAAGAUCAUAUCUAAGCAAUUCGACGUGCAACAGCCUUGCUGAUCAGCUGCUGUUGGAAGAUGUGGAGAAUCGAGUGUCAUAUUUGGUUGGACUCAUCGUGAACGCACCCGACUGCGUCAACUGGCGAUACGCGGUUUAUACGAGAAUUACCUCGUUCUUGGAUUGGAUCAGUUCAAAUGCGUUUGGACGUUGAAAUCAGUAAUGGCGAUAAGAUGAAUUACAUGAAGUGGCACAACUACAUCCCGCAGUUUGCUGUUCUACAUUUUAGUACAGUUUCUCUUCACUUCUCGUAAAUCAUUCAAAAUCUUAUAUUUUAUUCAUUGUAUUCUGAAAUCAGUAUUAAUUCGUCGUUGUUGCGUGAAGAGGCCAUAUAGUACGAUAACCUUGGGCAAAUGUAGCAAAGUGUAAUACAUCAAUCAAGCAACUUGUAUAUAAUCUGGAAGGUUGUAACGCCAUCGACGAGGUCAUAUUUGUUGCCAUAGGUUAUUGAGUAUAUGAAAGUCGUGAGCCGAGAAACUAACAUUAUUUUUUAUUUCAUUCGCUAGGGCCUAUCGUACUUUCUACCCUUUUUAAAUACUGUAUAAAAUAUUCAAAAUCAAAGAAAAUAACUGAAUAACAAUUCAGUAGUCAAAUAUUCUUAGUGUAUGAUUUAUGAGAAGAUUAAAUUUGAUCUCCAGAAAAUUGUUUUGACAUAUUAUUGCUUGAAAUAGCUAAAAUUAUUGAUAUUAUAUCGUUUAUUUAUAUCCCGCUUUUUUACGGUCGUUUGCCGUAAGAAAAAGCUAAAAAUCAAAUAUUGAAACAUUACUCAAUAAAAAUGGUGAUCUCAAAUUUUGGAACACCGAGCUCUGACUUUUCGACAACUUACAAAUGCUAUUGAAUAAUCUAUAACCUUCGGCUCAGAUGGACUGAGCCCCCAUUGUAUGUUUUGAUGCAAUGUUGGAAAGGGUCUGAACACAAUUUUAAAGCAGUCUUUCUUUAAGAAAUAGUACAUAAAUUUAACAAUGUAUAAUAUUAUAAUUGAGUGCAAUAAUUUGUAAUUCUACAACAUUUAAUUUUGUAAAGAUUUAUAUAAGUAUUUUUAUUA